AUGGAUAAAAGGCUUAGACAUUGGCCAACCUUUCAUGAAGGCUUUUCCGAGAGGAUCGAUAGUUUACUUGUUGCCUACAUUGCUGAUAUGGUUGCAGCAAGUGAUGUACAAAUCGAUCUCAUAGCCGUGGCUUUUGGCCUAUCAGAAACAGAAUGCGAGAAAACUCCAGACAGAAUCCGGGGAAGAGCUGGCUUUGAGGAAUUGAAGAGAGCGGGCCGCUUCGUCGAUGGAAUUUCAUACGGAUUGUUCAACCCUGUCAACCAAUUCUCGAUGAAUCACUUGGAUCGGUGCUUUGGUUCGCGUUACAUGGCGCUGGAUGUUGAUGUUGAUGGGAAAAGUACAAGCUUAGGACUUCGGCAACUUAUUUUAUGGUUGGCAGCGGUGCUGAUGAACUUUGUGCUGCAAACGAACAAUAAACAAACCGAUUUACCUAGGACGGCGCGAUGGGAACACAAAAGGGUCUCGGGGUGCACGGGUGGCAAUCGAGCAUCAACGCAUCAUGAAGCUGAGGCACUGAAAUCGAUUGGUUCUUCUCUUUCUUCAUGGCCUAAACAAUUU